UGCCCUUGCUGCAGGCUGUGGGCAGCGCCGGAGAUGGGGGUCCGUUUGCGGAGGCCCCUCCACCAGUAGCGCUCCGGGGAAGGUCGUCCCUGCUGGCUGCCGCUUGGGCGGCUGCCCGGCUCCUGCUGGUGUGUGCAGCCCUUCGGGGUUCCAAGCUGACAUCUGAAAUGUUUGAAGCUGAUCUUGAAAAAGCAUUGCUGCUAAGCAAACUGGAAUAUGAAGAGCACAAAAAGGAAUAUGAAAACGUUGAAAAUACUUCACCUCAGUCAAAGUCUGUGAAUAAGAAAGAGAAAAAGAACCAGCAAGGAAAAGACAAACCUCUCACUGUGUCUCUGAAAGACUUUCAGUCAGACAGUAAUAUAGAUAAUCUUGCUAAAAAACAUGAGGAACCAAAGUCUUCCCAGCCUUCAUUGCAUGAUGGAGGAUUUUUCAACAGGCUGGAAGAUGACAUUCACAGAAUACUUGAAAGAGAGAAAAGGAGAGUCCAGCUCACUGAUUACAGUGAAACAGAUAACUGCACAUCUCAUGAACACAACCAGGAGAGUGUUUUGAAAGAUGGAAAAACAGACCGUCUAAAGCUCGAGCUUGAAAAGAAAGAUGCAGAAAUUGAGCAACUGAAAAAUACAGUAACUCAGUGGGAGGCAAAGUAUAAAAAAGUAAGAAAUGCACAGCUUCUGAAGAUGAUGCGAGAAGGUGAAAUGAAAGACAAAGCAGAAAUACCCCUACAGGUUGAUGAAUCUCAAAUUAUCAAAAAUGAAUUGACCGAAGAGGUAACUGUACUUCAUGCUGCAUUAGAGCGAGAAAGAUCCAAAGUGAAACUACUGCAGGCAGAAUUAACAAAAUACAAGAGUGGGAAAAAAGGGAAAAGGUGCUCAGAAUCUGACCAGUGCAAGUGA